CUUCACCCACUUACUAACUGGGACCGUGGCUCGAGGAGAUGGCUACAUACCUUCCAGGGUGCCAAGCCAAGGUUUGUAGCUUUGGACAGGACGACCGGCAGCGACAGCUUCCUUAUUCUUCCUCUCGCCAAGAAUUUUCCGCCGUCAAGCCGCACGUGGUUCUCGCCAAAUAUGGGUACCGCCAGUUUAUUAAACAUGCAUUUGCGGCCAGAGUCGCUGCUUCUUGUUUGGCCGAGGAGUGGGUUCAAUCCGCUCAGUCGCCUUGCUUCCAGUGUCUGUCCAGCUAACCUCCUCCUCGACUCUUUGCCCUCCUGUCGGUCUCCCGGAUUCCCUUCGCUUUUUGAGACUGCACAAAUCCCGCUGCAAUGAGAGCUGUCGCUCUUACCCUGGCUCUGCCGGCACUCGCUGGCGCCUUCGACGGCAAGCCCUACGUCGAGUCCGACAAGCUCCAGGCCCUCAUCACCAUCGACGACCUGCUCGCCGGCUCUCAGAAGCUUCAGGACAUUGCUGAUGCCCACGGCGGAAACCGCGCGUUUGGCGGCGGUGGCCACAAUGCCACGGUCGACUGGCUGGUCGAGGAGCUCCAGAAGCUCGACUACUACGACAUCUACAAGCAGCCCUUCACCGAGGAAUUCAUAGGCUCCACGGCCGCUCUCACAGUCAACGGUGUUGACGUUCAAUCCCGUCCUCUGAUAUACACCCCUGCCGGCAACGUCAGCGAUGCGCCCCUCGUCGCCGUAGCCAACUUUGGGUGUGACGCCCAAGAUUUCCCUGCCACCGUCGCUGGCGGUGUCGCCCUUAUGGCGAGAGGCGCUUGCAACUUGUCCGUCAAGACCACCCUCGCCAAGUCUGCCGGCGCUGUUGCUGCCAUCGUCUACAAUGACGAGGAAGGUGAUCUUAGGGGAUCCCUUGGCGAGGAGUCGGAUGCCUAUGCACCCUCCGUGGGCAUCACUCAAGCCGAGGGCCAGGCUUUCCUUGCUUCUCUCAAGGCUGGCCAAGAUGUCAGGGUCCAUCUCAACCUCGUCUCCGUCAUCGAGAAUCGCACCAACUACAACGUAAUCGCCGAGACGAGAGGGGGAGACCACAACAACGUGCUCAUGAUCGGAGGCCAUGCUGACUCUGUUUUUGCCGGCCCUGGUGUCAACGAUGACGGCUCCGGCACUGUUGGUGUCCUUACGGUUGCCAAGGCUCUUAGCCAGUUCACCACCAACAACGCCGUUCGUCUUGCUUUCUGGGGCGCCGAGGAGUACGGCAAGCUCGGCUCGUACUUCUACGUCAAGCAGCUCAACAGUUCCGCCUCGGAGCUUCUCAAAGUCCGCGCAUACCUCAACUUUGACAUGAUUGCCAGUCCCAACUACCGGCUCUCCAUCUACGACGGCGACGGCAGCACCUUCAACUUCUCAGGCCCCCCGGGUUCUGACGUUAUCAAAAAGCUCUACGAGCGCUUCUACGAGGCCAGAGGUCUCGGCCACGUCCCUACCCAGUUCAACGGCCGUUCUGACUACGCUGCCUUCAUCGAGAACGGCAUCCCCGCCGGUGGUGUCUUUACCGGCGCUGAGGCUCUCAAGACUGAGGCUGAGGCUGCUCUCUUUGGAGGCAUGGCCGGCGUCGCCUACGACCCCAACUAUCACCAGGCUGGCGACGACAUCAACAAUCUGAACCACGAUGCCUACCUCAUCAACGCUCAGGCAAUCGCCCACAGCGUUGCCACGUACUCGAUGAGCUGGGACACCAUUCCCCCCGUCUCGCUUCCUCAGCGCCUGUGGGUCGCUGACACGGCCAUGCAUCUCAAGCACGCUUCUGAGCUUACUGGCCACUCUCACGACGGACCAUGCGGCGGUGGUGUGACUGUCUUGAUUUGCUAGAUAAAUAUUAAUUCUUGAAUGAGACAUGAACGAACGGAGAGUCGUCGCUUUGAAAGUGUGAUAUAACUAUGAACAAUGGCUGCCGGCGUUGCUUUGGCAACAUCAACGGAUGGAGUCGCUAAUUCAAUGGCACCUACGACUCAAUAUAACAGCGCGUCCCCUCUAGCGGUGUUACAUUACAUUACAUAUGGGCUUUUAACCGACGUUGAGUAACAGAUAAGCUGCUGCAGAACCGGCAAAGGGGGGGGGGGAUCACAUCUUCAUGCGGGAGGAACCACAAUCUCAGCCAGGAUGCGUUACAUCCGUGGACCCUUAGAUGCGUGACAACCCUAGCAUAAUCCCCCGUAGAACCAACUGUUAACUGCAAAGCAACACAAGGCAGGAACCGUCAACCUGGGUCGCCGGGAGAAAGGAUCGGCAGUUUACUCCACCAUGGACCGUGGGAAUCAUGAGUGGACG